ACCGUGCAUGUUACAACUUACAGUAUUAAACCCUAGCUCCACUGUCGUCUCCAUAUCUCCACCGCGCCCUCUCUUCAGUCUCCACCGAAAGAGCACGUUCCUGUUUGCCUUGCUGUCCGUUGCUAUCUGCUUCUCUCGCUCGUUGCUCUCAAGAUCAUUGUCAUUCAGUAGAAGUGUCUCUCUAGUCUCGAGGCACAAUGAGAUUGGAGAAAUGCUGGUUCUGCUCUUCAACCAUAUACCCUGGACAUGGAAUCCAGUUUGUUCGAAAUGAUGCAAAGAUUUUUCGAUUUUGCAGAUCUAAGUGUCACAAGAACUUUAAAAUGAAGAGGAAUCCUCGUAAGGUAAAAUGGACAAAGGCAUAUCGGCGAUUGCAUGGAAAGGAUAUGACACAGGAUUCAACCUUUGAGUUUGAGAGAAAGCGAAACAGGCCUGAAAGAUAUGAUCGGAAUCUUGCGGAUGAUGUCCUUAAGGCUAUUCCAAAGAUUGAUAAGAUCAGAGUUAGCAGGGAGGAGAAACACCACAAGAAUAGAAUGAAAGGCAAUAAGGCUAAGGUGCUCAAGGAGGCUGCAAAGGAGUUGGAGCAGGGCAUCAAUUUGGUCAAAGCUCCAUCUGUACUUCAACAGGAUCCAUCUCUCACUUUACCAAAGAUCAAAGUUCAAGUUUACCAACAGCAAGCAGAGGAAAAUCGUCCCAUGGAAGAGUGAUUCUGGCAAUACUGGUUUACUUUUAUGGGUUUGACGGUAUUCACUUAAUUUUGUCUAGUAGGUCUUUAAGGCUUGAAGUAUGAAUCAAAUGGAUCAUUUUUGUUGAUCAUCGAUGUGGAUGAUAUGAUUUUGGUACAAUAGCUUUGAUAAUUGAUAAUAUAUUUAGUCUGUUCCCUUGGACAUAA